GGAUGACAGCGCCGUGAAGAAAAGCAGGGGACCCUCUGCCCUCCCUCCUCCCCGCACGGCAGGACCAGGCGAGCUCGCCCCGGGCAGGGCCACCCCGGGCAGGGCAGAGGAUGCCGGGGGGCUAGCCCAGGACACCUCCCCAGCGGGUGGGAGGGACCUGCGUGUGCCCCCCUCCAUGGAGCUCCGACGUGCUUUGCCCCAGGAUUUCCGGGAGCUGCUGCACUGCCUGAAAAUGAGGAGCAAGUACGCUGUCCUGCUGGUCUUCGUCGUCGGCCUCGUCAUCAUCGAGAAGGAGAACAACUUCAUCUCCAGGGUGUCGGACAAGCUGAAGCAGUCCCCACAGGCUCUGGUGGAGGCCAACGGCACGGAGUCCAGCCCGGCACCGGCCGAGAAUGGUUCCUUGGCCUCCCUGAGAGAGCUGGAUGCCGCCUUCUCCCAGCUGAGGUCCCACCUGCACAACGUCACGCUGCAGCUGGUGGGCGAAGGGGACCCCGGGCCACGGCGGCACGUCCUGCUGAUGGCCACCACCCGCACCGGCUCCUCCUUCGUGGGGGAGUUCUUCAACCAGCAAGGCAGCAUCUUCUACCUCUUUGAGCCCCUCUGGCACAUCGAGAGGACGGUGACCUUCGAGCCUGGAGGAGCCAACGCGGUGGGUUCAGCGCUGGUCUACCGGGACGUCCUCAAGCAGCUCCUCCUCUGCGACCUCUACAUCUUGGAGAGCUUCAUCUCACCAGCCCCUGAGGGCCACCUGACGCCUUUCAUGUUCCGGCGGGGCUCCAGCCGCUCGCUCUGCGAGGAGCCCGUCUGCACGCCCAGCGCCAAGAAGGUCUUUGAGAAGUACCACUGCAAGAACCGCCGCUGCGGGCCCCUCAACAUCACCCUGGCCGCCGAGGCCUGCCGCCGCAAGCAGCACGUGGCCCUCAAGACGGUCCGCAUCCGCCAGCUGGAGUUCCUGCAGCCGCUGGUGGAGGACCCUCGCUUGGACGUGCGCAUCAUCCAGCUGGUGAGGGACCCCCGGGCCGUCUUGGCUUCUCGCAUCGUGGCCUUCUCCGGCAAGUACGAGACCUGGAAGAAGUGGGCUUCGGAAGGGGAGGCUCCCCUGCGGGAGGAGGAGGUGCAGCGGCUGCGGGGGAACUGCGAGAGCAUCCGUCUGUCGGCCGAGCUGGGGCUGCGGCGGCCGGGCUGGCUGCGGGGCCGCUACAUGUUGGUGCGUUACGAGGACGUGGCGCGGGCCCCCUUGCAGAAGGCGGAGGAGAUGUACCGCUUCGCCGGGCUCCCCCUCACCCCUCAGGUGGAGGAGUGGAUCGGCAAAAACACCCAGGCCCCCCGCGACGCCAGCGGCGUCUACUCCACCCGCAAAAACUCCUCCGAGCAGUUCGAGAAGUGGAGGUUCAGCAUCCCCUUCAAGCUGGCCCAGGUGGUGCAGGAGGCCUGCGCCCCGGCCAUGCGCCUCUUCGGCUACAAGCUGGCUAGUAGCCCCGCUGCCCUGGCCAACCGCUCCUUCAGCCUGCUGGAGGAGGCACAGCCCUCCUGGGUCACGUAAUGGCGGCAGCGGCGGCAGCGGGGGACACGGAGGGGCUGCAGCCACGCUCUUGGAGGAGAUCUUUUUUGGGGCACCCUGGGAGCUGGAGCAUCCCAGCAGAGCCAACCUCGGGGUCCCAGAGAACCCCAACGAUGCAAUUUCUUCAGGAAUGGGGGAGAUGAGGAGGGUGGCGGGGAGUUCGGUGGUGGGGCCACCUCGGCGUCACGAGGAGGCCAAGCGGAAGGUGAUGGGGCCGAGCGCCUUCGCGUUGUCCUCACAGCCAGGACGAGGCAAGAACAAGACCUUCUACAGAGUCAGCAAGGACCUGGACCCCAGAGGCCUUACUGGUUUAGUGCCUUCAUCCACCAGCACGGACUGGGAACUGCCCCGAAGGCGUGCUGGGGCAGGAGUCGCCCGUGGAGCGCUGGCCGGCACUGGGGCUGCAAACAAAAUGAGGUGACUUUAUGGUCUGGUGCUCUUCCAAGUUGCUUUGGGGGCUUUUUUGGGUGUUUUUGGUGGUUUGUUUUUUGGGUUUUUUUGCCUUUUUUCCUGUGUAUUUGCAUCCUAGGGUCACCAGGCCGAUUUAUUUAUUUAUUUUGUGAAAAAGAAGUUGGGGGGGGGGGAUGGAGGGGACAGGUGGAGGAGCUAAGCCCCCAAAAAUCAAAGCAGCACAAGGUACUGCGAAGAAAGGAAGUAGACCCAGUGCUGGGGUGAUGGAUGUCAGACUUCACCCGGGGACCACUGCGUGUCCUGCUCCCUCGGGAGAGCCCCCAGGGACCGAGGGGCUAUAAAACACACCCCCCCCAGACCCCCAACAGAGUUGGGGCUGCACCCACCCCACACGGGAGCCACCACAGACCUCGGAGCCUGCUGGAAGGCGGUCGGACUUAUUUAAUUAAUUAAAAACAAAAAUACGACAGCACACAGAGUCCAAAGCA